GGACAAACAGUGGACACUCACACAACCACUGCCUCCACAGAGAGUUAACCGUAAUUUAUGUGACAAUAAAUGUUAUUUAGUUUUCAAAAGUUGUAAAUUUAGUUAUAUUUAGUUAUAUUUAUGAGUAAAUUAUAAUUAAACGCUAUUUAAAUGUACAGAAAUGUGUGUCAAGUGUUGUGUAAUACAUGCAAAUCCAAUGGACUGCUAGUGAGGCGCCCAUUGACCACAAACGCCUAUAAUUAUGGUCUGUUUUCAGUGAUCAGUCAGAAGAUAGCCAACUCUCUUGUGGUGAACUCAGCCAAAGAUCAGCUCAUACUAUGGCACGAGUGGACGGGUAUGUCGUGGAGCGCGGAGAUAGCGGUCGUGACGAUCGCCAUCCGGGCGCUCAUCACAUUCCCUCUGACUGUGGGUCAGCACAAGAUAUUAGCCAAAUAUGACGCUCUGAGGCCAGAGCUGAUCCAAUUCGGACAGAGGCUCAAGAAGGAGGUGGACUCCGCUCAGUAUCUGUACAACUGGUCACCCAUUAAGGCUAAACUCAUGUAUAAUCUUAGGAUGAAACAGGAGACCAAACGACUGAUAAUUAGAGACAAUUGUCAUCCAAUGAAGGGCUCGAUCGUAGUGUGGGUUCAGAUCCCCGUUUGGGUGAUCCUCUCGCACGCCAUCAGAAACAUGUCUUUCAUGUAUCCGAUCGCUGACCACAACUCGCAACUCAUUCACAGCCAACUGUCCACUGAAGGCAUACUCUGGUUCUCAAACCUCACGCUAUCGGACCCUUACCUCGUGCUACCGUUCCUCACGGCUGUCGUCAACUUAACUAUAGUUCAGGUGAUUGUCUCGCAACUGAUGGACAAACUCUUUGCCUCACUCUUUGUGUCACCAAAACGUCGACAGUGA